ACUCAUUUAAAAAAUUAAAAUUAUUUGGAAAAAUUUUAAAACAACAAAGUAAUUUAACAAACAAAAAGAGGGACUUUUUGGUCUUGAAAUAUUAGGUGGAAUGGCAGUUGAUAGAGUGGGGCUUUUCAGACAAAGGUAAGGCUGAGCCUUCUGUGGAGUGCAGAGCUGAUGGAAGUAGCCUCUUUGGGAACUGCAGGACAGCCUUCCAAGGAAAUGAUAUGAAUACAGCAGUGGAACACACUGGAUUUUCUGAGACAAUCCUAAUUUCAGUCUGUUCCCUUGAUCCUUAAGUACACCAGACUAUGUGCUCUGAAUUUGGUUCAGAAAAUAUUGCCAACAUUGAAGUAAGUCAAGGGUCUGCCACAAUGUACUAUUAAUAGGAAAUCAGGUACAGAACUGGGUGGGAUUGAAGGGUACAAAACUAGAUAUAUUGGUGAAGCAUUGUAUAGGGAACUGAGAUGUAAAACUAUAAUGCUGGGAAUCUAAGAAGGAAUUUACAAAUUGCCCUAAAGAGGUACACAACAACUGUGUCGCCAUACUCUGGUUUGGAGCAAAUCCCUGGUUACUGCUUACUUACUAGAGUCAUUUGUGGAAUAUCUCCCUACCCCUGACCGUGUAUUCCCCUCUCCCCUCCCCCACUGCAGAAUGCCUUAAGUCCUAGAUUCUAGUUCUGUUGUAAUCUGAUUUUUACCCUCCCUUCCUUGGAUCCCUGUGUAUCUACUGGAGCCAGGUUACUCUCUGGGUCCUGGACCUGUCUCAUUCUGGAGGCUUCCAGACAGCCUUGGUUAGUGCCCAAACCUCAGAGGAUGGCUUCAGAUGGAAGUAAGUCUGCAGCAUCUCCGUUGCCAGGACCAGAUGUGACCAUGAAACCUGGCGCCACCCGAUCUCCUUUCACUGCACUUCCCUUUCCCCCACCUGCUCCUGGCCCACCAGACCAACCACCUUGGGAGCUGCCUCCACAGCCCCCCAUGCCUUCAGCUUUCUCUCCAGGCAACCCUCUGGUGCUCUCUGCUUUCCCCAGCCCCUUGUUGGUGACAGGGGAUGGAGGCCCUGGCCAUCCAUCCAGUGGGGCUGGACCUGGCAAAGUCGUUGUCAAAGUCAAGACAGAAGAGGGGCCAGCUGAUUCCUCACAAACUCAGAACUUGAUCCUUGCUCAGACUGCCCUCAGUUGGAUUGCCUCAGACACUCCCUGCGGGGUCUCCGAGGGUCCUCCCCCUCAAUUCGUGACAGCCACUAACAUCAGGACCCUUCUGCCCACUAAGGCUGUUGGAGUGAGCCAAGAGGGCCUCCCAGGCCUUCCUGCUCAGGCUCCACCACCAGCUGCCCAACUUGCCCCCAUUGUGGCCCAGGAAAAGGCUUGGCCAGGGCCACCUGGGGCAUCCAGGGAAGGAGGUCCUGCAGCCGCCAGAUCCAAGUCCUCACUGGGUGACCUCUCCUAUACUUCCAAGGGUGUUUAUGAGAACUUCCGUCGCUGGCAGCGCUACAAAGCCUUGGCCCGGAGACACUUAUCCCAAAGUCCCGAUGCAGAAGCCUUUUCCUGCUUUCUUAUCCCAGUUCUUCGUUCUCUGGCCCGGCUGAAGCCCACUAUGACCCUGGAGGAGGGACUGCCAAGAGCUGUGCAGGAGUGGGAGCGCACCAGCAACUUUGACCGGAUGAUCUUUUAUGAGAUGGCAGAAAAGUUCAUGGAGUUUGAGGCUGAGGAAAUGCAGAUUCAGAAUACGCAGCUGAUGAAUGGGUCCCAGGGCCUGCCUCCUGUAGCCCCUCCGACACUUGAUCCUCCAGGGCCCCUGGCCCCUGAGGUUUGCCAGCAGCCAGUGUACAUUCCCAAGAAGGCAGCUUCCAAGGCACGGGCCCCCCGCCGGCGACAGCGCAAAACCCAGAGGCCUCCAGUUCCUGAGGCACCCAAGGAGAUCCCACCAGAAGCUGUGAAAGAGUAUGCUGACAUAAUGGAAGGGCUGGUGGGGAGCUACUUGGUCACUGAGGAGUCAGACGGAAAACAGGCAGAGGAAGAAGAGCAGCCGGAGAAAGAAGGGAUAUAUCCAGAUCUGGGUCUCCAGAGCUACAUCGAUGAGCUGUGUUCUCAGGAGGUCUUUGUCUCCCAGGUGGAGGCUGUCAUUCACCCUCAAUUUCUGGAAGAUCUGCUGUCCCCAGAACAACAGAGGGAUCCUUUGGCCUUAAUUGAGGAAUUGGAACAAGAAGAAGGACUCAGUCUUGCCCAGCUGGUCCAGAAGCGACUCCUGGCCUUGGAAGAAGAGGAGGAUGGGGAGGCACCUCCAAGUUGCCAUGGAGCUCAAUCGGACUCAAGUCUUUCUGUUUCUGAUGAAGAUGAAGAUGGGAGUGGGCGGCUUCGGCCCUCAUCUGGGUCUCGGGUGGCUGGGGGCACUGUUCGCCUUGGAAAGGCUGCUUCUCUAGGAAAGCGGGCAAGAGAAGUGCAUGGUGGGCAGCAGCGGGCCCUAGAUGGCCCAAGGGGGAUGCGUAGGGAUGGGAACACUCUGUCAUCCCCCAGCAGCUGGGACCUGCAGCUAGAACUUGCAACUCUACAGGGAACUCGAGGACCCUUAGGUACAGAGAGAAGAGGGUCUGGGAAGGUUACAAACCAGAUAUCCCCAUAUCAGGAUGACCACUUGGGAGGUGCUGGGACCCCUGCGCACUCCCUGGUGGCUGAUAGGACUUCCGAGGCUCUGCCCCUUUGCUGGCAGGACAGCCCCCAGCUCAAGAUGGUUCCCAGUUUGGAUGCUGGCCUUGUAAAGCCAGCUCCUCUGCAGGGACAGGGGUUAGAAAGGCAGGUUGUGGGCUUACAGAAAGGACAACAGACAGGGGGUCUUGGAGCGCUUCCUCAAGGGAAGGAACUGUUGGCAGUGUCCCAGGAAGGCUCUUCAGGAACCAUGUGGGAAAAUGACAGAGGUCCUCCCCUGGCUCAGAGUCAUGAGCAGAGCCCUUCCCCUAGAGCAGCUGGGGACAGGGAGAGGGACAUGGAUGGGGAUGGGGCCUCUCUCAGUCCAGGACUUUGGCUGAGCAGUGAGAUGGAUGCCGUAGGCUUGGAGUUGCCCUUACAAAUUGAGGAGGUCAUAGAAAACUUCCAUGAUGGGGAAUGUGGAACUGAGUACCAGGGAGGCUGCCAGGCCCUGGGCUCCAGAAGUAAUAUUUCUCUGGGUCCUGGAGAAACCACAGCACCUGGGGAUGUGGGGAGCAGUGUAAUUCUCUGUGGAGGCCCCAAUGCCACAGCUGCCCUAGAAAAGAGAGACCACUGCAGCUUGCCAGAACCUCUGAGGGCCAACAGCCCUGCCUUGAGGCCUACAGACAAUAGGGAACAGAGCCCUGAGGCUGUACAGGAUCCCAGUGACCUGUGGGCAGAAGGUUGCCCUCCAUUGCUGGGAAGCAGAAUUGGUGCCUCCACACUGGGGGCUUCCAAAGAAAGCCUCUUCCCUGCAUGUCAAGGUAAUAUCCUUACCCUGGGGCCCCAGGAUACCACCUCCUUCCCCGAGGCCAGCCAAGAGGCAGGCAACAGAGGCAAUUCCAUUUCUCCCCUGUUGGAAACCACAGAAAACAUCAACAUACUAGAUGUUACAGAUGCCUGUGGCCUCCAGCUAGGGGUCAAUGAGGAUACCUGCCCACCAAAUUUUAAUUCGUAUGACCCCGAAGGAGAGGGCAGAGAAGAUACCGAUUUAUCCAAGCCUAAAGACCUUGCCCCCUCGCCAGGGAAUCAAGAGUCUUAUGCACGUGAGACGCCCAAAUCAACAUCUCCUUACCAGGGCCUUGGAAGCACUUCCCCUAGAUGGGGAACCAGGGAUGCCUUAACUCUGAGAGAAGCCUCCCCUGUUAGUGAAACACGCAGUUCAGCAGAUGGGGCCAAAGGAAAGGAGGAGGAGGAGGAGGAAGAUGAGGAACUCUCCAACUUUGCCUACCUCUUGGCCUCCAAACUUAGCCUGUCGCCAAGGGAGCUUCCCCUCAGUCCUCGUCCAGCCUCAGGCCUGUCCUCCAAAGGUAGGGGGGUCCAGAGAGCAUCCCACUCCCUCUCUGCUGAGGCGAGAGGCCUUGGCCAACCUCCAUUUCCUGUUGCCAAGUCUGGAAAGCGAGCUCUUGUUGGGGGUCCAGCCUCUGCAGAAAAGAGGCCCUAUGUGGAAGCUGAACUUGGGGGCUCUGGGGAGAAACCCCUGACUCUGGGUGUGGUUCGACCCUCACAGCCUCGUAAAAGAAGGCGUGACAGUUUCCUCACUGGCAGAAGGAAGAAACGACGUCGUAGCCAGUAGGGAACAUGGGACCAUCUUAUCCCACCUGCCGGUCCCUGAAGGUGGGGCCCUCGAGUAUGUUUCACCCAGGCUGCACACCAACAGACUUGUUCUCAGUCUUAGGUUGUUUUGUUGUUCUGCAAAAGUGGCAAGUGUGGGAAGGGAGGUCCCCUUGGUGGGAGGUGAGGAGGAAGUACCUUUGGAAGGAGUUGUAUGGGGAAAGAAAUGAAUACAGAUUUCUUUUGUUGGAAAACGCUCUCAACGUGCCCUUUUGUACUCACCUCUUUGCUGGUAGAUGGGGUAAGAAGCUGUAAAGAAGAAAUUAGGUGGGGGUGGUCCCAGAUUCUAUGGAUCCAGACACCUUUCCAGCCUCCAGCCUUCUCUAGACUCCCUGAUAAGAGGUCCCCAGGGAUCACUUUAUUCCUCCCCUCAUCAAAAGCCUGGACAUCCUAUCAUUGUCAAGUCUCCCUUUAAAAGUCUAUAGAUGGAAAGAUUUUUCUUUUUUUUAACCUACCAGAUCUGAGAUAGAUACCUUAAUUUUCUAAAUCUAAUUAAUUUUCUAUAAUUGUACCAGGACACAGCACCUUUCUCUGGCGGAGGGUGGUGACUUUUCUUCUUUUUUGAAGAGACUGACAGAAGGGAUUUAAUGUCCUCAACUCAUCCCACAGCAAAAAUGCCUGUGUGGUUGGUCUGAGUUGCAGGAAGGCCUGGUUCCUAUGACAAAGCUUUCUGAUCCCACCAGGGGAGAGGGAGUCAAUCUCAGCGGGAUUAUUAAAAUGGAAUGGCGGUUAGCUAUUUUUUAACCUCUAAUGAGGACAGAACGAGAGGGAAUAGGCUAAAAAGAGGUUCAUGGGGAAGCCUGUCAAAAUGUGUGUCUGUAAGGUAUGACAACAGGAGGGGAGGAUAUGAAAUUUGCAUGAUUUCUCUGCAGGAAAAGGGCCCUGUCCCACUGGAAGUAAAGAUUCAUCCAGCUAUGGCCAAGAGGACCAACCUUCGGAACCAUCGGGAUCUUCCAGUGGGAAGCCUGCAACCAUUAAUCCCUUUUCUUCCCAGCUAACGAUACUAUCAAUGUGACUGCGCUCCAUUUUUUUAAAUAGAUAUA